UGUGGUUCUGUUAACGAAAAGACGUAAAUAAAACUACACUAGUUUACGGAAACGACCCGCUGACGUCCGCAUAUGACACUUGUACUUCCGGGUUACGUGUUCUCAUGUGGCAGGAGCAUGGCGGCCAAAAACAAGAAAAGUAAAAAGCCCCAUGCGGCUAAAAAAACGCAAAUUCUUGACGAAGAUGGCGAAAAGACUGAAAACUGCGGCACCGAUGAUAGCGAAGACGACGAACACCCGGAGGGGGACGACGGGUUCAGUCUGGAGGAAGUUCUGCGGCUUGGUGGUACACGGGGUGACUUCACGCUACUGAGCAGCCUGGACGUUUCCAACGAGCUGGUGGACGGAGGAAAGAAAGGUGCCAUAGAUGACCUGGAGGAAGGCGAACUGGAGAACUUCAUUGCUAAAUUAGGCAUCCAGCGGUUGGCCGGCCAGCAGAUCAUCCCAGAUGAGGUCACGGAGGAAGUCCUUCCGGAGAACUCUGGCAAAAAGUCCAAAACCAAGAAGGAAAACCCCGGCAGCAUAGAGGAGAGGACUUCAGAGGAGGAGAAGAAUAAGAAGAAGAGCAAAGCAGCUCAGGUGAAAAGAGUCAAACACAACGUUUUCGAGUUCCAGCAGAGAAACGUCCUGCUGGUCAAACCUGGCGGGAAAUGGCACGAACUGGACUACAGCGCCGAGGGUUCGUCGGACCCCCAGGACCCCGAUGUGGUGAAGCAGUACAAGACGCUGGCCCAGCAGCUCUUUCAGGCCGACGUGGAGCUCUACAAGAGCAAGAAGCAGCUGCAGAAAGGAGCCAACUCGGCGUGGAUGAAGACGGUGGUCUCCUCCGGCGUGCUGGCAGACAGAAUGGCGGCCAUGACGGUCCUGAUCCAGGACGCGCCGGUGCACAUGCUGGAGCACGUGGAGAGCCUGGUGUCCAUGAUGAAGAAGAAGGGCAACCGCAGGAUGGGCCUGAUGGCGCUGGACACGCUGAGAGAGCUGCUGCUCUCCGACCUGCUGCCCGAGAACAGGAAGCUCCUCCCCUUCAAGCAGCAUCCCUUCGAUAAGCUGGAGGAGCUGGCCAGCGGCAACCGCGACAGCCGCGACCGCCGCCUCAUCCUGUGGUACUUUGAGCACCAGCUGAAGCACCACGUGGCGCAGUUUGUGGCGGCGCUGGACGAGGUGGCUCACGACACGGUGGCCGCCACCAAGGCCAAGGCGUUGGCCGCCGCCCACGAGCUGCUGUGCCAGCGGCCCGAGCAGGAGAAGGCCCUGCUGGUCCAGGUGGUCAACAAGCUGGGCGACCCCGAGUACAAAAUGGCCGCCAAGGCCUCGCACCUGCUGGAGACGCUGCUGCACAAACACCCCAACAUGAAGGUGGUGGUGUGCUGCGAGGUGGAGCGCCUCAUGUUCCGCCCCAACAUCAGCGCCAAGGCCCAGUACUACGCCGCCUGCUUCCUGAGCCAAGUCCGGCUGAGCCACGACGAGUCCCGGCUGGCCGCCAAGCUCAUCGCCGUCUACUUCUCCUUCUUCCGCGUCUGCGUUCAGAAGAAGGACGUGGACUCCAAGAUGCUGAGCGUGCUGCUGUCGGGCGUCAACCGGGCGUACCCGUACGCCAGCGCCGGCGAUGAGAAGAUCAAGGAGCAAAUGGACACGCUCUUCAGGGUGGUCCACCUGGUCAGGUUCAACACGGCCGUGCAGGCGCUCAUGCUGCUCUUCCAGGUGAUGGACGCCCAGCAGAGCGUCUCCGACCGCUACUACGCGGCCUUGUACAGGAAGCUGCUGGACCCGGGUCUGUCCACAUCGUCCAGACAGAACAUGUUCCUGAACCUUCUCUACAAGUCUCUGAAGGCCGACAUCGUGCUGCGACGCGUCAAAGCCUUCACCAAACGCCUGCUGCAGGUCAGCGCCGACCAGGGCGCCCACUUCGCCUGUGGCGCCCUCUUCCUGGUGUCGGAGGUCAUGAAGGCCAAGCCGGCCUUGAAGACGCUGCUGCUGCAGGAGGAAGGGGAUGGAGAAGAAGAAUUCAGAGACAUCAUUGAAGACCAGCCUCACGAGGAUGAUGAUGAUGAUGAUGAUGAAGAGGAGCACUUCACCGAUGCAGACAAGCCACAGGAAGCGGCGCCGCCAACGGAGCCCAAGCCUGCUCCAUCUUGGGUCCAUCACCAGAACCUUGAAGGUGGGAAGUGCAUGGAGAAGUACGACCCGCUACACAGGAACCCGCUCUUCUGUGGCGCCGACCACACCACCCUGUGGGAACUACAACGGUUGUCGCUGCACUUCCACCCAUCAGUGUCGCUCUUUGCCAAAACGCUCCUGCAGAAUGACUUCAUCAUGUACUCGGGAGACCCCCUCCAGGACUUCACCCUCAUUCGCUUCCUGGACAGAUUCGUCUUCCGAAAUCCCAAAGAGCUGAAGGGCAAACAGAACACGGACACGGCGGUGGUUCAGCCCAAGCAGAGACUGCGCUCACGCGUGGCCUCGUUGCCAGUCAACAGCGAGGAGUUCCUGUCCAAAGAAGAAAGUCAGAUUCCUGUGGAUGAAGUCUUCUUCUAUCGCUUCUUCAAGAAGCGUCAGCAGGAGAAGCGUCUUCGUCGGCCGCAAGCAGACAGCGACGGUGACAGCGUGGAGGAUGUUGAUGAUGACGAGUUUGAAAAGAUUCUUGAUUCCUACGAGGGAGACUCGUACUUCACGGACCUGCCAGCGGAAGACUUGGACUUUGCAGGGAACAUGUCGAGUGGGAAAAAGAAAAAGGGCACGGAAGACCUGGACGACUCUGAUGACUCCGACCUGGACGACCUGGACGACGAUGAGGAGGUGUCCCUGGGCAGCAUGGACGAGGACGACUUUGGGGAGAAGCUGGAUGACGAAGGAGGAACCUUCAUGGAUCCUGAAGGAGAAGAUGACAAUGAAGACGAACUUGAAGAAGACGACGACGAUGAUGAUGAUGAUGAAGACAUAGACGUUCCUGAGGUGACGCCGCGUUCAAAGUCUGGUAAAAGGAAGUCGACGGAGAAGCAGGACUUUUCUGAAACUUCAGCUUCCAAACGAGCAAAGAAGACGAAGAAGAAAGGACAAAAAGACACGGCCAUGUUUGCGUCUGCCGAGCAGUUUGGCUGCCUGCUAGACGACAACGCCGGCAUCAAGUUCGACAACAUCGGACUCAAUGCCAUGGCCAACACCGACAAAGCAGGCAUCAAGCAGCUCAAGUGGGAGACUGAACGCGACGACUGGAUCCACGACCGCGAUGCCAAGACGCUGCGCAGGAAGAAGACCAUCUUCAACAAGAGGAAGCAGAUGCGCCGGCCCUGGGCGGUGGGCGGGAACAGGAAGAGGAAGUAGUCGUACUUAAUGCUCAUGUCAUGUAGGACAUGUUGAUUGACACUGUUGUCCUGAAUUACUCACCGAGGCUCUGUUUUCGAGGCCGUAAGGGGUCGGUGUUUGUUUGGACCCAGAGCGCCCCCUUCAGGCCAAUGGCUGUUUAAGUCACUUCCUGGAAUGGAUGGAAAUUCUGUUAAUCACGUUAAGUUAAAUUGUCAAAUAAAGUCAUUUUACUACAUAAUGUUUUUCAUAACUUGACCUGCUCGUCUGACGCACCAUUUUU